AUUCCCAGUUGAAGUUGAAGAAGAAAAUGAAUUCAAACUUCGGUUCCUAUCAAAUUUUUUAUCUCAAUAAUUCCUUUCCUUCCACACCGUCCAAAUUAUAGCAAAAGAUAUGAUCUUUCCAUAUUUUUUUCAAACAAAGGAGAAGAAACCCAAGUUUCAAAUUGUUGAUGGAGAUUUGACGAUUGAGCCCAAGAAUUUUUGAACGAUUUACAAAGAAGUUCCAGAUCUCCCAACACAUAUAUGGACAGCUUCCAUGGGAAAAAAGUCUUCAUCAUCAGCGUCCGGAAGCAGAAGAUCACUAAUAGCCAAGAGAACUGCAUGUAACCGCCCACCAGUUCCAAAACCCGCUCCUUGGCUCGUUUUUCAAUAUGGAAACGAUAAGAAAUACCAUGCUUUCUAUAACCCAUGUGAACCUAAUAACAAAACGUGCACAAAAUUUAUACGAGAACUAAGUGGAAAUAUUUAUUGGCAAAAGCCUUGUCAUCAAGGAUGGCUAGUCAUUCUGGACCUUGAUCAAGCUGAUUGCUUUAUGUGGAAUCCUGUUUCUUUGAAAUCAGUUAAACUACCUAAUUUGUUGCAAUGGGUUAUGAACUAUUAUUUCAUCGAUUGUGUUCUAAAUUUACCUAUGAGCAACAAUGUUAGCCGAUCCACAGUUUACUUCCUCCUCAAGCAUCAGCUUACUUCUGAGAUCUUACUUCUAUAUAGUCAACCUGGAGCUAAGCAAUGGCGGAGUAUGUGUUUGGAUGAAUAUUAUGAAGACCUUAAUAACUGUUCUGUUCGAUGCCUCCAUUACUUGAAAGGUAAGUUAUACGUUUUUUGUCGCUCACUCUGGCAAUUAGAGAUCGAACUAAAACAUGGUCGCCAUUAUAAUGACCAAACCCUAUCUAUAAGACGAUUCCAAGUAAAAGGAUGCCCAGUUCUUCAACAUGCCGCAGGAUCUACAUGUUCGCUAAAAUCCUAUCAGGUGGAAUCUUUUGAUGAUAUCUUCCAAGUUAACAUUUCCUACAGUAUAAAAAAUUUGAAUAAACCUGGUGCACCCGCCACAGUAGUACAAGUCCAGAGGUUGGAUUUAUCUUUAAUGGCUUGGGUUGAGGUGAAGAGCUUAGGUGAUGAUGUACUCUUUAUUGGAGGAGAAAACAACGCAUCUUGCUCAGCGGCAGAUAUGGCUCUUAAAAGGGGUUGCGUGUUUUACACAGCACCAGAGGAUAAGUCCCUCAACAUUUUUGAACCAGAAGAUGAUGGUAUUACAGUUAUCUUUCCAUUUUCGAAGCUACCAACGCCAUGGUUCUCUGGGGAUUGGAUAAUGAUUCCCACACUUACCAGGAGGACCGGUGGAAGGAAAAGAACAGAAAAUUUGUUAGGUGGAGAUGGCAAAGAAGGAGAUUGUGAAAUUACACAGCUAGCAGAGAAAGUGAACAAAACUUGCCUAGGUGACUCUUACGGUGAGGUUGAUCAGGAUGAAAUUCAUGUUGGAGGGGAAUUGGAAGAAUCGGAACGACCGCCUUGGGCCAUUCUUAGCAAUGACAUGGCGGAGUUGAUAGCUAGUUAUCUAAAUCCAAAGGAUUAUGCACAAUUUCGUUCCGUGUCUAGAAGAAAUCGCUCAAUAUUUCCGGAAGUAUACCCGCCAGGGGCAAUUUUGUUCCCGUUGUUGGUUUUCAACUCGUUUGAAGAUAAUACUGGUACCAUCUACAAUUUUGUGGAUCUAAUGCGUAAUGAGAAAUACUCCAUGAAGAAGAAUUUCUCGGAAUUGCUAGCUGGUGCUACAAUCCGUUAUUCGAAGUAUGGUUGGCUGUUACUAGUGUCGAAAGACAUGAAAACUCCAUUCUUCUACAAUCCCUUUACAAAAGUUAUGAUCCGACUUCCUGAUUUUCCUGAUACCGAAGGCAGGUUAUACUUGAGUGGUAUGUCAUUCUCAUCUAAACCUACUUCUCCAGACUGUGUGGUUUUUGCUAUCGAGCAGUCUCAUUACGGUAUGCCAUUCUCAAUCUACGCCCUUAAAAGAGGAAGUUGUGAUUGGAGGUCUCGUCUCAUUCGAAACUAUGCUUCUUUUCUGCCAUGUUUCAACAAUCCAGUGUUCUUCCAGGGUGAUUUCGUGUGCCUAGAUUACACUGGAACUUUAGGACGUUGUGUUUUAAAUGAUGAAGACAACAACAAUGGACUGGAUUGGGGAGUUGACAGUAAACCCUCAAAACAGUUCAAUGAAACAUCCUCCAGUUACUUGGUAGAAUGUAAUGGAAAUCUUUUAUUAGUGAAUGUUGGGCCCCUCGGGGAAACGGUUGGAGUGUAUAGUUUGGAUUUGGCGGCGAAGGUCUGGGUUGAAGUUAAAAAUUUGGGGAAGCAUAUGUUGUUCAUCAGCAAUACCUCUAGCUUCUCAGCAGUUGCUCCUCCAAAUAGUCGAAUGGAGAAUAAAGUCUACUUCCCUAGAUUACACAAAGAUGGAAGAGGUUUAUUAUUUUAUUCUCUUGACACAGGUAUGUAUCAUUACUCUUCUCGUGGGAGCCGUGCAGAAGAAAAUCAUAUUGACGUUGUUACAGACUUCUAUGAUACUAAGGAGAUGACCAGCAGCAGUUGGAUUGAACCCGACUGGUCACAAAGCACUGCAACUGCUGAUCCAAAUCAGUUUAAUUGGUCGGCUUAAUUUCACCAGGUUCCUUUUUUGUAUUUUCUCUGGUAGUGGAGUUUACUACCGUCUACAGUAUGGAUUGUCAGUUCUUAGGUGUAUCAGAGAGUUUCAUGAAAAGGUUCCGAUACGAUAUUAUUCUCCAGUGCCCAGGCUGGGGAGGCUUGGUCUACCAAAUUGGUCCACGGUUGGUUUUUCAAAUUGAGAAUCAGUGAAAUUGAUGUGUUCUGCAAGUCUCCUUCUAGAGACAAGACAAAGAGUCACGAGACCCGGAAUUUAGCUUCAGUAGAAUAGUUUAAAAGUCUAAAGACUUCCAUGUUUUCUGGUAGGUUAAAUACCUAAUUGGAUUGGAGCUACUUUAACCCAAUCUUUAUGUUUCAACAACUAAACAGGCAUUGAUGUGGCCAGGACGCUCAAUAUCCAAAUGUGUG